UACUGGACUUAGUGGCGCUGUAUGUAUUCUUGAUGAUGAGCCUACUAGCAGCGGCAGACAUUGUGGACCCGUGGAUCUCAGUGUUUGUUGUAGUAAUAGAGUUAGCGUUUCUAUUGCUGGGAGUUUCUUGUUGCUGGGUCUGAGCAAGGCAUUGAAGCUGGACAAGUUGGACUUAGAUUAAUUACCAAGGGCGAUAGACAAACUACAGUCUCAAAGGAGCGGAGUGUAGGUGCGAGCAACAUUGCUGAUGGAAGGUGGCAUAUAGUUACAUUGCCUGUAGAUGCUGAUUUAGGUGAAGUAUCUUGGUAUCUAGAUGGUAAUUUUGAUGGCUAUCAGACAGGGCUACCACUGCAUAAUGGUAGUUGCGUAUGGUAGCAAGGAACAGAGGUCUGGGUGGGUAUACAACCACCUAUUGAUCUUGACGCAUUUGGGAGGUCGGAUAGUGAAGCAGCUGAUCCAAGAUGCAGAUAAUGGAUGUAUUUCUUUGGGGAAGGUGCUUAACUGAAGAUGAGAUUGCCACUCUUCCUGGUGCAAUUGUUACUGCAGAGUAUAAUAUGAUCAAUCUAUUAGACGAUAAUUUUCAAUGGACAGAUUCUCCAACUAGGGUCGAUGACUGGGAGAGCGACCCUGCAGAUGUUGACCUUUAUGACAGAGAUGAUGUGGAUUGGGACGGACAGUAUUCAAGUGGGAGGAGAAGGAGAUCUCAACGGGAUGGUGUUGUAUUGGAUGUUGAUUCGUUUACGAGAAGGUUGAGGAAACCAUCAUUGGAGACCCAGGAAUAAAUGAAUCAACGCAUGCGCUCAGUUGAAAUGGCUGUGAAGGAGGCUCUAUUGGCAAGAGGAGAAUCCCAAUUCACAGAUCAAGAAUUCCCCCCCUGGUGACCGCUCAUUAUUUGUUGAUCCAGAUAACCCUCCUUCAAAACUGCAGGUGAGUUGCACUGGCAACAGUUUGGAAUGAAUUUUUUGGGGCAUGAUUUCCAUUUUCUGGAGCAUGGCAUAUAUGUACAAACCUACUUUGGCAGAACUCACAAUAAAUUUUGUUUGAAGGUUGUUGCUGCAUGGAUGAGGCCCAUUGAAAUAGUUGAAGAGAAUCAGCUUGUUUCUGGUCCGUGCCUGUUUUCUAGAGCAGCAAAUUCUUCAGAUGUUUGCCAGGUUUUGCCAACAAAAUAAACUAAUUAUGCUGUA